AUGUCCGGGGUGUCCCCAUCCCUCAUCACUGCCCGUCCCCCUCCCCAGGAGCACGUCUACAUCUACCUGCUGGAGGGGGACACCCGGCUGAUCUGUGAUGACCCCCCUCACGAGCUGCCGUCUGAGGGGAAGCUCAGGGAUGCGGUGCGGAGGCAGAAGCGGCUGGAGUGUGGGGGGCUGCCCUCCACCGAGCUCCCCAACCAGCAGCUGGGGCACCUGGCGGCACCUCUGGCCCCUGGAACGCAAGUGCUCAUCAUCCCGCUGGUGGACAAGGACAGCGGGGCCGUGGUUUGCGUCAUCCUGGUCCACUGCAGCCAGCUGAGCGACUCGGACGAGCAGAACCUACGUGCGUUGGAGAGACACACCCUGGUGGCCUACCGGCGCCUGCAAGCCCUCCAGAAGCUUCAACCCUGGCCCCAGGUCAGCCUCUCCACCAGCUCCUCCCAAAACUCCUUGGCCAAACCCGAGAAGGCGCCCGACAGCGGCUACAGCGACCUGGACUGCAAGAUCUUGCAGCUCUGUGGUGAGGAUGGAGGGGACAACGAUGACACAGUCUCCAGAUGUCCGUCCCACAGCUACACGGACACGGACGAGCACAAGAUCCAGCACUGCUUCUGCUACACCUCCACGGUGCUCACCAGCACCUUGGCCUUCCAGAAGGAGCAGAAGCUCAAGUGUGAGUGCCAGGCCCUGCUGCAGGUGGCGAAGAACCUCUUCACACACUUGGACGACGUCUCGGUCCUGCUCCAGGAGAUCAUCACCGAGGCCCGAAACCUCAGCAACGCCGAGAUAUGCUCCGUGUUCCUGCUGGACCGGCUCAGCCACGAGCUGGUGGCCAAGGUGUUCGAUGGUGGCGUGGUGGACGAUGAGAGCUACGAGAUCCGCAUCCCAGCCGACCAGGGCAUCGCUGGCCACGUGGCCACCACCGGCAAGAUCUUGAACAUCAAGGACGCCUACUCCCACCCGCUCUUCUACCGGGGGGUGGACGACAGCACCGGCUUCCGCACCCGCAACAUCCUCUGCUUCCCCAUCAAGAACGAGAGCCAGGAGGUCAUUGGGGUGGCGGAGCUGGUCAACAAGAUCAACGGCCCCUGGUUCAGCAAGUUCGACGAGGACCUGGCCACCGCCUUCUCCAUCUACUGCGGCAUCAGCAUCGCCCAUUCGCUGCUGUACAAGAAGGUGAACGAGGCGCAGUACCGCAGCCACCUGGCCAACGAGAUGAUGAUGUACCACAUGAAGGUGUCGGAUGAUGAGUACACCAAGCUGCUGAGCGAGGGCAUCCAGCCCGUCUCCACCAUCGACCCCAACUUCGCCAGCUUCACCUACACCCCACGCUCCCUCCCCGAGGACGACACCUCCAUGGCCAUCCUCAGCAUGCUGCAGGACAUGAACUUCAUCAACAACUACAAGAUGGACCGCCAGACGCUCACCAGGUUCUGCCUGAUGGUGAAGAAGGGCUACCGGGACCCCCCCUACCACAACUGGAUGCACGCCUUCUCCGUCUCCCACUUCUGCUACCUGCUCUACAAGAACCUGGAGCUCGUCAACUACCUGGAAGACAUCGAGAUCUUUGCCCUCUUCAUCUCCUGCAUGUGCCACGACCUGGACCACAGAGGCACCAAUAACUCCUUCCAGGUGGCCUCGAAAUCAGUCCUGGCCGCGCUCUACAGCUCGGAGGGAUCCGUCAUGGAGAGGCACCACUUCGCCCAAGCCAUCGCCAUCCUCAACAGCCAAGGCUGCAACAUCUUCGACCACUUCUCCCGCAAGGACUACCAGCGCAUGCUGGACCUCAUGAGGGACAUCAUCUUGGCCACCGACCUGGCCCACCACUUGCGCAUCUUCAAGGACCUCCAGAAGAUGGCAGAAGUGGGCUACGACCCCAAGAACAAGCAGCACCGCAGCCUGCUGCUCUGCCUGCUCAUGACCUCCUGCGACCUCUCCGACCAGACCAAGGGCUGGAAGACCACCAGGAAGAUCGCGGAGCUGAUCUACAAGGAGUUCUUCUCCCAGGGUGACCUGGAGAAAGCCAUGGGCAACCGCCCGCUGGAGAUGAUGGACCGGGAGAAAGCCUACAUCCCCGAGCUGCAGAUCAGCUUCAUGGAGCACAUCGCCAUGCCCAUCUACAAGUUGCUGCAGGACCUCUUCCCCAAGGCGGCGGAGCUCUACGAGAGGGUGGCCAGUAACCGGGAGCAGUGGACCAAGGUCUCCCACAAAUUCACCAUCCGGGGGCUCCCCAGUAACAACUCCCUGGACUUUCUGGAUGAAGAAUACGACCCCCAAGCCCCCGACCCCCAACUCAACGGCUGCCUGGAGCUCGAGGGGGGCCAGCCUGAGGCGGGGGCCGAGUGAAAGUUGGGGGGGUGGAGGGGGUUGGGGACCAGGAGCAUCCCCCACCCUUGCCCCCCCAUCCCAGCCCCAUCAGGAGAAGGUUUGGGGGGGGACAUCAGUGACUCUGGACCACCACGGUGGGGUCUGCACCCAUCCUGCCAGUACCCACCAUCUGUCCUUCCCCACCGGUGGGUGGCUGUCCCCUCCCUGGGGAAGGGGGGGCAGAUAUUUGGGUGUCCCCUCCACCCCGGUGGUCCCCAGACCCCUCUUUGUUGGGACUCUUGUCACCAGGGCGGGGGGGACACCAUGG